CCUAAACCGAGUACGAGUCGCGUGCAGGAUUGACCUAAGAAGUGGAGUGGCGCGCUGGAACGGGAAAAAAAACGAAAGGCAGGCUCCGCCAGGCUUUGAGGCCCCAAUGGUACGUACCUCAUCGUAGUCUAUCAUUGUUCUUCUGCUUUCAUACUCAUCCAUACUUGCUCAAACAAAACUAUCCACUCUACACAUUCACUUUGCUAUAUUACGAAUCAACCCCGACCAAAGCACUCCUAGCAGGUGCAAAUCAUCCGCUCUGAGCGCUCACGCAGCCAUGGACAUGGCUAUGAGCAUGCUUCCCUGGCUGGACCAGCCAGUCCUCCUACACUCUAGUCGCGACGCCGGCAAUUGCACAAUGACUGAUGAGCAAUGUGCAUUCAAAACCUCUUACUGGCUCUUCUGGUACCAGGCGGACCAUCGUUAUGCGUUACCCACAGUAGCCUUCUUCCUUGUUGCAAUUGGGCUUUUCACAAUCGGACAUGUGGCGUCCGGGAUAUUACCCCAACGCAUCAAACAGCAUUCAUUGCUAUCGCGUGUCUUUGCCGGAUUCCGAUUCUUGUCAUACAAGGGGUGGAGAUUACGUGGGUGGAAUACUCAGUCCAUUGGCAUGUUCUUGCUGGGUGCGGCUGGGCUGGUUUUCUUCCUGGCGAUGACCUUGGGACCACGGCCGUAUUAUUGGCCCAACACGAAGGAGAUCUCCUACGGCAAUUCCCCUCCCAUUGCUACCCGGACAGGCUUUAUGGCUCUAGCUUGCAUGCCCUUUCUAAUUGUUCUCGGCGCAAAAGCCAAUCCCAUUACCGCACUCACUGGCAUCUCUCACGAAAAACUCAACGUCUGGCAUAACUGGGUAGCCUGGGCCAUGUUCGUACUAGCCCUCACCCAUACCUUCCCCUUUAUCGUCUUUCAUAUUUGGAAAGGCGAUAUUGUUGAGCAAUGGAGUAGCGGCGGAGUCUGGGUAACCGGUGUAGUGGCUAUCAUCGCCCAAGCAUGGUUGACUUUUAUGUCCAUUCCGUGGAUUCGCAAUCGGUACUACGAAUUCUUCAAGGCAACGCAUCUCUUCAUGGCCAUGGUCUUUGUAAUUUUCUUCUUCUUUCACUGCGACUUCCGCAUGUCCUCGUGGGAUUAUUUUAUCGCCACCGCAGUCCUAUAUACCCUAUGCUGGCUUUACUCGCAGUGCAAAACAUACUUCGAGCACGGUCUCCGUCACAAGGCACGACUUGUGCCCGAGUCCGAACACACGCUGCGUAUCACGAUCGACACUCGCAUGGAAUGGGGACCGGGUCAGCACGUUUUUUUGCGCUUCAUCACCUGCGGCGUGCACUCCCUCACUGCCCAUCCAUUUACUAUCUGCUCUGUACCUCAGAGAGACCGUCAAAACCAACUCGUCUUCUAUGUCAAGGCACGUGGCGGGCUGACAGGCCGCUUACUGGCUUUGGCUCGGAAGAAUCCGAAUGUCCAAAUCCCCGUUCUGAUCGACGGUCCGUAUGGUGGUAUUACCACUGGUCGAGUAGGUGAAUUCGACAGGAAUCUUGCUAUCGGCGGCGGUGCCGGUGCUGGAACUACUCUUGCUUUAAUCGAGGACUUUGUGCGGUUCACUCCAAUCCAGGCAGGCCGAGAAAUGCAAGUCAUUGUCGCAACGCGCGACCCGGGAAUGCGGGCUUGGUAUCUACAAGCAUUGGAAGAUCUCGCGGCACGACAGACACAAGGGAAACCAAUUAUUGGUCUAUCCAUCCACAUCCACGAGACUUUCACAGAGAAAGUGGUGCAGCAGGUCGAAACAAAUAUCAAAGCGGAUACCAAGACGGAGAGUAUUCGGUCAAAGGAGUCCAACCCUUCAAUGACGGAACUGUUUAACAUUCAGUUCUUUACUGGCCGGCCAAAUCUUCCUGCUGAGAUCCAACAAAUGACAGGUCAAGAAGGUGUGUCAGUUGGUGUGGUUGUUUGCGGGCCGUCGUCGAUGAUCCACGACGUUCGUGAAGCGGUUUCCGUUGCGCAGAGGCCAAUCAUGUCGGGGAAGCCUGGCUGUGCAAGGGAAGUAUGGUUGCACAGUGAGAAGUUUUCAUAUUAAGCAUUCUAUUGGCCUGGAUGGAAGAAGGGGAAACUGUCUUUAGUCGCGUAAGGUCCUUUAGUGCCAGAUACCCAUUCAAUUAUUGUCAAAUAUACUGCAUCGAUCUCCAUUCAACCAAUUGAAAGCGAGACCAAUUUGAGCUGCAUACUCAUAUCCCUGCACUUUUCAUUCCAG